CAGACGAGUGUCACGUAUCUGACGUUAUGUCUAUUAUCACUGAAAUAUUCAUAUUUAGUCUGUGUUAUUAUUAUGAUUAAUGAAAUCGGGUUGACACGCACAUAAAUUCGUAUUUUACGUCGAUGUUGUUAUUAUAGUAAUUACAUUAUGCGAUCCGCGAUCGAUCGUCGUUGUGCUGUUAUGAACAAACGGACGUCAAUGAUUACGUCGUAUUGACCACCGCCAACUACCGCCGUCCGACGUGCGACAUAAUCGAUGUCGUUGUCAGUACUUGACGCCCGUGAUUCGAGCAUCUUCAUGCUUUGUUGUCCGUCAUAUGCUAGGUCGUCUUUUUAUUCGCGCUCCCGUCAUGUCGCACGAUGUACCCCGGUACGGUUGGAAAGUUGACUUCGACCAUAAAUUUCCCGAUCUCAGAACGCCCACGUAUGUGCCGAGGUUCAAGCAAAUCCUGCAAUUAUUACCACUGAUUUUUAGGUAUAUAUUUUAUAUGCUCUAUUGUUUUAUAAAAGGCCAGAAGCCAAUAAUGGAUUUUUUUUUUCCAAUCAAAUCGAAACACAUGUAUGGUGUACCUGUGGGUGGUAUUGGAGGUGGAACAAUAGGCCGUGGCUUUAAAGGAGAGUUUUGCCGUUAUCAAGUUAUUCCUGGCAUGUAUGAGUAUGAAACCAUUCAAGCAAAUCAAUUCAUUGUUAAUAUCCAAGACAUCAACAAUACUACUGUGUAUAAUAAUGUUCUGUCAUGUUUGAAAUGCAAUAAUAAAACAUUGUAUAAUUGGAAAUGGGAUUUUCCAGCAAACCAAGCCAAGUACACGGGUCUCUAUCCAAGGUCAUGGUCUGAAUAUUUUAUUCCAGAACAUGACAUUAAACUAAUUUGUAAACAAAUUUCACCCGUUAUUCCAAAUAAUUAUAAAGACAGCUCUAUCCCAGGUGGUGUUUUCAUAUGGACAGUUGAAAAUAAUAGUGAUCAACAAUAUUUUGUUAGUUUAAUAUUCACAUUUGCAAGCGGUAUUGGUGUUCCAACAUAUAGUACAGGUUUAGCUAGUUGUCAGCCAUUCAAUUUAAAUGAAGAAGGAACUGAAGUUGCUGGAUCAUUGAUACAUAACUGUUAUAAGAAUAUGAAUUGCACUUAUGUUGUCGGUGGAUUAAUUAAAGAAGGUGUAACUUUUAGUCAGCUAAACUUUGAUCCUAACAGCAAUGGUAUGACUAUUUCAAAAAGUUUAAAAUUAUUUGGAGAAUUGAGGGAUACACAAUUGGACAAUAAUAAUUUAUAUAUGAGAAACAAAGAAGUUGCUUCUGCUAUUUGUAUAAAACAAUGUUUAUCUCCAAACUCAUCAAAAUCUUAUGAAUUUGGAUUAUUUAUUGAUAUGCCUAAGAUAAAAUUUCCUAAAUCAAAUAUUGAAUAUUUAAGGUAUUAUACUAAAUUUUUUGGAAACAAUGGAAAAGCUGGUCCUAAACUAAUGCACUAUUCUAUGAAAAACUAUAAAAAUUGGGAAUAUGAAAUUGAAAAUUGGCAAAAUCCUAUUUUAAAUGAUUUGUUGUUACCUGACUGGUACAAAAGUGCUAUAUUCAAUGAAGUUUAUUUUAUAGCUGAUGGCGGAACUGUUUGGUUGUUACCUCUCAAAGAGGAUUGUAACAGGUUUAAUUCUACAGAUCCAAGAUAUGAGUAUGGUUAUUUUGGUUACUUGGAAGGCCAUGAGUAUCGUAUGUACAAUACCUAUGAUGUACAUUUUUAUGCUUCUUUUACAUUAGCAAAGCUGUGGCCUAAACUGCAGGCAUGUAUUCAAUACCAAUUUAGAGAUACAAUUGAUAAUUCAUUGAAUAUUAUAAGAAAACACUUGGCCUGUGGUAAGAAAGGUCUACGGAAAUAUAAAUAUAGUGUACCACAUGACUUGGGCGAUCCUGAGGAAGAUCCAUUUAAUUUAGUCAAUGCUUAUUUAGUACAUGAUGUAUCAGAGUGGCGUGAUCUUAAUUUGAAAUUUGUUUUGCAAUGCUACAGAGAUUAUACUGAGUUUGGUGAUACUAAAUAUUUGGUUGACAUGUUCCCUCAAAUCAAAAAUGUGAUGAAGAAAGCAUUAACUUGGGAUACUGAUGGUGAUGGAAUGAUUGAAAAUUCUGGAACAGCUGAUCAAACUUUUGACACAUGGAUAAUGACAGGUGUUAGUGCCUAUUGUGGAAGUUUGUGGUUAGCAGCUCUUUAUUGUACUGUACAGAUAGCAAAUAUUUUGAAACAGGAAGACAUUAGCGAGAAAUAUCUGACAAUAUUAAACAAAGCUAAGGAAUCAUAUAAUGCAAUUUUGUGGAAUGGCGAAUAUUAUGAUUUUGAUUCAUCUGGUCAGUAUCAUUCUAAAUCAAUCAUGGCGGAUCAGUUAUGCGGAGAAUGGUAUUUGAAAUGUUGUGGAGUCAAAGAAGAGGUAUUUCCAAUUGAUAGAGUUCGGAAAUCUCUCUCAACAAUAUAUAAAAUGAAUGUGCAAGGAUUUAAUGGUGGGACAAUGGGUGCUGUAAAUGGUAUGAUGCCUGAUGGAAAUUCAGAUACAUUCAGUGUGCAAAGUGAAGAAGUUUGGACUGGAGUUACAUAUGCUCUGGCCUCUUUAAUGGUCUCAUAUGGUUUACGAGAAGAAGGUUUCAACACAGCCAAAGGUGUUUAUAAUACUGUUUAUAAUAACAUUGGCAUGGCAUACGAAACUCCAGAAGCAAUUUAUUCUAAAAAUGCAUAUCGUUCUGUUGGGUACAUGAGGCCAUUAAGCAUAUGGUCAAUUCAAUAUGCUUUAAAUAAUAUAAAGAAAAACUUAUAAGUAAAUUAUUAAAUU